UAUAGUCUUAGUUGUGUUGUCAAAUGGUUGUCAAUAUGGUUGUCAACAUACAUAAAAACAGUUAAUAACACAAACAAAAUGGAAAUAUUGAUUAUUUAAGAAACUGUUGUUGUACAUUGUUGUAUUUUGAGCAUUACAAAAAGCGAAUAUAUAAGAUAAAUUAAGAUGAAAAUUUUCGUGAGAGUAUUAAACGGAGAUGGAGCAGUUUUGGACGUUAAUCAGGACAUGAAAAUUUUGGAUGUAAAAAAUCUAAUCGAAAAAGAAUUGAAAGUUCCUGUAAAUCAGCAAACGCUAGUACUUCUUGGUAAAUCACUUCGUGACGAUAAAACAAUUGCUUUCUAUGAUAAAAUAAAAGACGGAACUAAACUACAUCUUAUUAUUAAGAAGCCAGAAUCACUUAAUAUUGUCUUAAGUCGAUAUCUUCAGAAAUUCUACAAUGAAGAACAAAUUAAUCUAAUUUUAAAAGAAUUCAUGAAAGAUUUUGAAGCAAAUGUGCAGAGUCUUAGUCUUGAUGAUUUGGAAAGGAUAGCCACUUCAUAUCUCCAUGAUGAAAAUUUAUAGUCAUCAUUUAAAUUGUGAAUAUGUUGAAUAUGUUAAUUGAUACUGUAUGAAAUGUGACUUGAAGAGUAAAUGUACAUGUAGUUUA